AUGGCUGAUCAUUCAUCAAGCAAUGGAAACCAUGAAAUAGCUUUGAAUGUAAAUGAUGAUUCCUCCAAGAAUUGUGAAGAUAACUGUGUGCCUCUUCUGCAAAAGUUGGUGGCAGAAGUGGUGGGGACAUACUUCUUGAUAUUUGCAGGAUGUGCUGCCGUGGUUGUAAACCUUGACAAUGACAAAGUGAUAACACAUCCUGGGAUUUCAAUUGUUUGGGGCCUAACAGUUAUGGUCUUGGUUUAUUCUCUCGGUCACAUCUCCGGCGCUCAUUUCAAUCCCGCCGUCACCAUCGCUCACGCGUCGACCAAAAGGUUUCCGCUUAAAGAGGUACCAGCUUAUUUAAUAGCACAAGUUCUUGGAUCAACUCUUGCAAGUGGAACACUUAGGCUUAUAUUCAACGGCAAUAAAGAUCAUUUUCCGGGGACACUUCCGGCGGGUUCUGAUCUUCAAGCAUUUGUGGUUGAGUUUAUUAUCACUUUUUAUCUUAUGUUCAUUAUCUCUGGAGUUGCCACCGAUAAUAGAGCGAUUGGCGAGUUGGCUGGACUCGCAGUUGGAUCUACGGUACUUCUGAAUGUCAUGUUUGCUGGGCCGAUUACGGGAGCGUCAAUGAACCCUGCAAGAAGCUUAGGGCCUGCUAUUGUUCAUAAGGAGUACAGAGGGAUAUGGAUAUAUUUGGUGGCGACGACUCUGGGUGCCGUGGCUGGUACAUGGGCGUAUACUUUCAUCCGACACACGAACAAGCCGGUGCGCGAAAUUAGUAAGAGUGCAUCUUUUCUUAGAGGAGUACAAAAUGGUGGAUCGAAGUGA